UUUUUUUAUCAUAACAUUCGGUUUGAGCAUUUCCUGUGUGCGAGUAAGAGAAAGUAAUUAGGCCUUAAAGAGAGAUUAAUUAAUUAGGCUUCUGAUUAAGCGAUAUUUUAAAAUGUGAUGGUUGGUGGGUCCCACGUGUUGUCUGAAAAGAAGCGUCUCGAGAAUUGUUUUCGUAGAGACCAAGCUGCGCUAUCUAUAUAAAUAAACAUAUGUAACUGAAAUUAGAUUAAUAAUAACCAUUUGAAGAUCAGAAGGAAAGAAAGAAAUGGCGAAUUUUGGCGAAGGAAGAAGAAGGGGAACCGGAGGCAUGCUCCCGCUUCUAGCGAUUAGCACCGUCGCAGAAUACUACAGACUGCCGUGGAAACCGCCGGUGACGGCAGGUCUAUUAGCCGCGAACACUCUCGUCUAUCUCCGGCCCGCGUUUCUCGAUCCCCUUAUCCCUCACAUCAGCGAGGUCUGGUUCAAUCCAAACCUCAUCCUCAAGCACAAGGACUUGAAACGCUUCUUUCUAUCAGCGUUGUACCAUCUCAACGAGCCUCACCUAGUCUACAACAUGAUGUCUCUUCUCUGGAAAGGAAUCAAGCUGGAGACGUCCAUGGGAAGCACACAGUUUGCUUCUAUGGUCGUUACGCUUCUCGGUAUGUCACAAGGAGUCACAUUGCUGUUAGCCAAGUCCCUGCAUGUCUUAUUUGACUACAGGAGAGCGUAUUACCACGAGUACUCCGUGGGAUUCUCGGGAGUACUCUUUGCUUUGAAGGUUGUUCUCAAUGCUCAGGCUGAGGAUUACACCAGCGUGUACGGGGUACUAGUGCCGACGAAGUAUGCUGCUUGGGCUGAGCUGGUUCUGGUGCAGAUGUUUGUGCCGAGGGCUUCGUUUCUUGGGCAUUUAGGUGGGAUUCUUGCUGGGAUUCUUUACAUGAAGAUGAAGAGGUCUUACUCGGGCUCUGAUCAUGUGGCUAUGGUGGUUAGAGGUGUCGCUAGAGCGGUGACGUGGCCGUUGAGGUUUGUGAGCAGUAUGGUUGGGUCUCGGAGGAGGAGGAUUACGGGGAGAGGAAGAGUGGGGAGAGGACAGAAUGGGAUUGCAGGACCUGGUAUCUGGAGAUGCCAGUCGUGUACGUUUGACAAUUCUGGUUGGGAGAGUGUUUGUGAGAUGUGUGGCUCGGGGAGGAGUAGAGGAAACGGAUGGUCAGUGAACCAGGGACAGGCACAUUCUUCAUCUUCUUCUAGUGAUCUUCCUUUAGAUGAGCUGCGGCGUCGGAGAGUAGAGAGGUUUAGUUAAUCUCUGGAGCUUUCUUAGAGCUGAGGAAGAAUUGUGAAUGAAGCUUAAGCUGGGUCGUUCAUUGCAUUAGCUUAUGACUAGAGAGCUUAGUGGUGUUUCUUAAAUCUGUCUCUUCUCUUCUGUUGUUGAAGAUUUGGUUCUAUGUGUAUGGGUCUAUAUUGCAAGUAAAUGUUCUUGUACUUGGGUCUAAUUCUAGGGAAACACUGAAUCUUUCUGAUGAAAUUAAGUGCUUACAGGAAGAUAAAAACUAUGUUUUUAUAGUGAAGUUACGAAUAGUGUUGGCGUAAUGAAUAUGUUGAUAGUUUGACAAACUAAACCACAUGCUUGAUCAUA